AUGCAGCAAAUGCAAACGACCUUCAAUUUGCACAUGGAACCCAUCAAAACCCACGAGGAUUAUCCGAAAUACGCUCGUUCAGAAACGAAGCCCGUCGUCCGCGCACGCCAUAUCGUCGACCAAGGCGAUAUCAGCGACCACCCUUGCACUGCUUGUGUGGAACUCGAGCAAGAUUGUUAUCGUUGGGAGGGGACGUUUAGCAAAUGCGCGUACUGUACGAGUAAGGAUAAGAAGAGGGAGUUUUGCCAUUUACCGGGGCAGGAGGCUUCAUCGGUGCCGGAGAGGAGGAAGCGGAGGAAGAUAAUGGGGAACAUAUAUGCUCCGGGCGGCGAGGCUGCGAGUACGGCUGAUACGAUGAUGUCUGGUACACUCGUCACCGGCGCGCUCGCUUCCGGAACGACACCCUUUCCCGGCAAUCCCAUGUCCGGGACGAGGAGCGUGCGCGGGGGAGCAGCCCCAAGUCUCGAUCCCGCCUCAGCCGUGACGGGGAAAUCCGACACGCGGGUCCAGCCACCCGCGGCCGCGGAGGCCGGUUCGGAAGCCACGCUGGAGCGCGUCACGGCGUUGGAGAACCAGGUCUCGGGUCUCGAGGCAAAAGCCAUGGGGCUGCUGGUCAGGCUUGAAGAACUGACCUCGUGCGUCAGCGCUAGCUCGACACCCCGACUGCAAGCCGCGGCCGGUGCGUCCCCGACGACCGGCAGUGUCACGUUUGGAGAUCUGCAAGCUCGACAUCUCGCGGAUGCGCCGCCUCCGCCGGUUAAUGUUGCCACCGCGGCGCAUCUCGCCACGAGGGAGUGGGUGGAAGGGCCGAAGACGCCGGAGCUCCCGGAUGCAUCGUCUGCUAUGCAGGUUGCUAUUAGGGAGAGGGUCGAAGAGCGGAAAACGCCACCAAUGCCGGAGCAUACGAUUGAGCAUCCGGAGGGGUAUAGGCCGGUUAACUGCAGUUGUACGAUGCUGUGGUCGCCCGAGGUUGAUGCGGUUAUGCCGAGGGAGGCGAAUGCUGGAGCUGAUGCGAACGCGUUCCCAGUCGAUGGUAUUGCGAGCCGGGGGAAUCUGUUCUAG